AUGGGUCUGUUCCCGUACUUGCUUUUCUCAACAUACAACAACAUACAGAAACCUGCAGCAACCUACAGCAAAAGCAAAAAAGCAACACUGGCAGGUUCCUCACUGGCAACGGCACAGCCCCGGCGGUGUUACGUCUGCGGCGAAGGGGCUGAUACACCCUUCCGGUUAGCUCGGUCUCAGGCAGCGGACGAUAUGUCUUCCUCGCAUCAUCCUCGACCGGUCGGCAGCUUGCCAAAUAUUGUGACCACCUGUGAGGACUUUGAGCGAGAUCUAGACGAACUGGACAAAUACGUGCUCGAGUGUCCCCCGACGUAUACCAGCUGUCUAACCCAGGUCGACGGUGACAUGGAACUGCGAACCUGUGGUGAAAAUCUUCCAAUCAACGAUUGCAAGAGCGCCAACAAAAUCGACUACUGCUACUGCAGUGAGGAUCUGUGCAACAGCCUAAAGAGAACCCAAAUCCGAAGGGAAAUUGAAGACUCCCAGCUGGGUGGCCAAUCGGAGCAUCUAAAACAGCCGCACAAUAGCGACGACGAAGAUCUAACCGAGUCUUCCGGAAUGGAGGAUUCCCAUGAAAAACAUCGAACCAACAAUCAUCGGAUGAAUACGGUUGGUCACGCUGCCGGUAGCAGUAACCAUCGCAGCGACAAGGACUACGAAACGACACAGAUUGUCAUGACUCUGAAACCCGUUUCUCCUGGCUCUAGUGAACGGUGGAAUAACAGUAGCGGAAGUAAUUCAACCGCCAAAAGUGGCAGCAGAUCGCGGUGGGCUUUGGAGCGCAGCAGAAAUGGUUGGGUAGCUCUGGUGCUAAUUGGUGCAUCGAUGUGGCGAUUUGCCGGUAGUAGAGGAUUCGUAAAAUUAGUUUAAUUAAUUGGAUGCAAAUGUGUACGCUUAUGUGAUUUGGAAGAUUAAUUGGAUGGUGGCUGGUUUUUGAGCUCCAGCGGAGACUAAAAAUUCAAUUAUCACCAGAAGGGGCGUUUAGCAGUGAACUCAAAACUCCGUUGGAUUGCGUGUAUUAAUUUGCAUAAUAGUUUUGUUGUGCUCCAUACUUUCUUAUGAUUCAACUAUACCUAUAAUUUAACAAAGGUCCAUUAAAACAUAAUUUCUUUCCGAACAUUCAGCAACAAAAGUAUUUGGUAAAACUUUGACUCUCAUUAGUUUUUGGCUUAGAAAAAUCAACUAUCGGUUAAAUUUUAUCGAAAUUUCGAAUUGUCAACACCCGUUAAAACUGUUUAACCAAAAUAAUUGCGAUGAAAGCGCUAACAGUGACAAUGUUAAACAAAUUGAAUAUAUUAUAAAAGUGGUGCAGCUGCAAAACGUCACCCAAAUUAACUGUUAUUGACUGCUUCUUUGGAAACAAAACGAGCCAAAAGCAUUGCAGAAAUCGUUGUUAUGCUUUGUUUCCGUGCUUUGUUUCCAAAGAAAUAAACAACUAUACGAUCUCAACGAGAUAAUCAUGCAUUGAUUUGUUUGUUUUUUUUUUGUCAAUUUGACAUCCGGCGCAGCUUACAGCAGUCUCAAUGUAGAUGCGAUUUGUCAUCGCCAGACCCAGACAAUGAAUAGUCACUAUUCCGUAAUGGAUCGAAAUCCGUACAAUAAAUCCAUAAAUCCAGACACUUACCAUGCUCAAAAUUAAAUUUCAACAUGAUCUUAUGUCUUCGUUCAGAAUCAUCACACAUGUACUUUGAGGUUACUUGUUUUUGAGUCGAAAAUCAUUCAGUCCAGCCUGCCAGAGUUAAAGGGUGGAAUGGUCAAAAAUUGAUCAAUCAUAAUACAGUGCACACUGAUUAUGUUAUUGUACACUCAUAAUGUUAUGUGAUUGUACACUCGACGCAUUUUUAUUGGCGAAUUUCCAUGUAAAAUUCCACAUAAUUUUCAUGUGUCCACACAUAAACAGAAUCCACUUAGAAGUACACAUGAAAUUUAUGAGUCAAAUGAAUAGUAUGUGUGGUUACACAUGAAUUUUAUGUGUACGCAUAAGAACUAUGUGUCCGACACAUAUAUAUCGUUUGGUUAUCACAUUGCAAAAAUUCAUGUGUGGGACACAAACAAAUAAUCAUUGAAUUUUUAUUAGUGUAUAAAUGAUCAAACUUUAUUUCAUUUUGAAAUUCAAUUACUACAAAAUACAGGAAAAUUAUUUGAUUAGGCUUCCGAUUUUCCAAAUGCGAACUGUCGGGCUUUGCGUUUCACACCUUCCAUCAGAUUUUGUACCGCUGUUGUAUCAACCUUAUUUAAUGCUGAACGUCAGUUUACUUUGAACUGUUUGUCAUUUCCAACUGUUUUCAGAGUUUUCUUGAGGUUCCUUUUAAUGAUUGCCCAAUAUUUUUCAAUUGGGUGCAGCUCCAGCGAAUUGGGAGGGUAUUGUCCUUGCGUACGACUUGCACGUUGUUGGCAGUAUACCGUUCCUGAGCCAUCUUUCCAUAGGGGGUGAUGCACAAAUAGUUGUGGAUAGUUUUCCGAACGGAACUUUGACAACUGCAUUAAGGUAUGUGUUGAAAAGUGUAUGUUGAUCUAUAUUCUUUUAAAUCAUUUUCACUUAAAUUUGGCACUUCGAAAAUAAAUUAAAAUGUUCGAAAAUCUCUCUGUUGUUGAUCGUCCGAUUUUCGAAUAGGUGUCAGAAAUAAGUCUGGUAGAAUAGCAGGUUUAUUUCAAAAGUUUCCAUCUGUCAAAUUUAAGUAAAAAUUCACCAAAUGGAACACAGCCCUAGCAUCGGGCCGAUCAGCCUGCAUGCCGUCUCGAACGACAACGGCCAACGAUAUGUAAGCUUUGCGGCCUCCCGUGGUAUGCUAGUCCGAAGUACCUUUUCCCACGCAAGGAUAUCCACAAAGCCACCUGGAGAUCACCUGACCAACACACAAAAAACCUUAUCGCUCACGUUCUAAUCGAUGGAAAAUUCUUCUCUGACAGCUUGGCGCGGCUACUCUUGAAGAUGGCUGGAAGGACAUCCGUACUGCUGCGGCGGUACUACGUUCUGCGAUCCCGAACCGAAGAAAUGACUGGUUUGAUGGCGAAUGCAAACUGUUAGUAGAGGAGAAGAAUGCAACAUGGGCGAGAAUGCUGCAACACCGCACGAGAUUGAAUGUGGAGCACUCGGUUUUUCGAAAGAAGAAGCGUCAGCAGAAAAGAUCGCGAGGCGAUGGAAAAUCUGUACACACUGACAAAUUAAACUAUUCCCAUUUUGCUUGAAAUUUAAUCAAUUUGACAUUAAACUCAGUUUAAUCAUAUCGAAUGAUUAAAAAUUAAUACUCUCUUUCUAAAAAAUAAUCAUCCGAUAUUUAACCCAGUUUAAUCAAGGUUGAUUACAUUGAAAAUUAUCGUUUUUGAAUAAAUUUUAAUCAUUUUUGAUUCUAUUUUAAUAAUUUUUGAUUGAAUUUUAAUCUUUUUUGAUUAUCUAUUAAUAUUUAACUAAAUAAAGAAGAAGAAAAAAAUAUUCAUAAAGAAUAAAAUUUAAUACUGGAAAGAUUAAUUCGAAUUUAAUCAUGCAUGACUACUGCCGAAGUAAUCAUGGUUCGGACUCAAUAAGAUGAAGCGGGAAUCGGUGGGGAAUCUGCAUACUUGUUAAGCUUUUUUGAUUUAAUUUAUCUUUGAGCGCAUCGUAAACGACACAUGGAAAUUCUAAAAGAAGUUAAAUAGUUCGGGCAAAUGCUACGUGCCGCAAGCCGAUAUGUGCAAGGAAUUGGACGGUAACCUUCUCACGAAUGAGCGUGAGGUGAUUGAGAGGUGGAAGUAGUACUAUGACGAGCACCUCAACGGUGAUGCAUCAGUAAACAAAAAUAGCACGGCAACAGACCUUGGAUCAACUACCAAAUGAGCUAUUAAAAUUCGGUGAUGAAGCUAGAGCGCUGCACUGAGUAAUUGCCAAGAUUUGGAAGGAGGAGAUCUGAGGAGUGGAUGGAAGGUGUCGUAUGCCCAAUAUACAAAAAGGGCGACAUGUUGGAUUGCUGCAGCUACCGCGCGAUCACACUACUGAGCACCGCCUACAAUGUACUCUCCCAAAUUAUAUGCCGCCACCUGUCCCCAUUUGCAAGAGAGUUCGUGGGGUCAUAUCAGGCGGAAUUCAUGGGUGCCCGUGCUACCACGAACCAAAUUUUCGCGAUUCGGCAGGUUCUGCAGAAAUGCCGUGAAUACAACGUGCCCAUACAUACAAUCGAUCGAGAUCAGCUAUGGUAGAUUAUGAACGAAUACGGAUUUUCGUAAAAACUGACGCCAUUGGUCAAGGCGACGAUGGAUCGAGUGAUGAGCGUUGUUUGAGUAUCGGGGACACUCUCGAGUCCCUUUGAAUCUCGAAGGGGGUUACGGUAACGUGAUGGACUUUCGUGUCUGGAAUCUUCAGGAAGUCAAUCCAACUUCUUGGUUACGCCGAUAACAUCGACAUCAUGGCACGGAACUUUAAGACGAUGGCGGAAAAGUAUAUCAAACUUAAGGCUGAAGCUAGGCGGAUUAGACUUGCCAUCAACGCAUCAAAGACGAAAUACAUGAGAGGAAGAGGAUCUAGGGAUGGCAAUAUUAGCCUCCCAGCCCGAGUUCAGUUCGUGUAUUUAAGCUUACUGGUGACCGCCGAAAAUGAUACCAGCAGAGAAAUUCAAAUACGCGUUUGGAGGACCAACGCGCCCUUAGCGUUUUCGAACGGAAGGUGCUGCGUACCAUCCACGGUGUAGUGCAGAUGGAUGAUGGAACGUGGAGGAGGCGAAAGACCCACAAAUUGCAUCAGCUGCUGAGAGAACCAUCCAUCGUCCACAUUGCAAAAAUUGGGUGACUACGGUGGGCUGGGCAUGUCGUAAGAAUAUCGGGCAAGGUGGAUCGACCAAGUAGAAGGCGACCUGCGGACCCUUCGGAGACUACGAGGCUGGCGACGUGUGGCCAUGGAUCGAGUAGAGCGGAGACGACUUCUUCGGACAGCAGAGAACAUCAAGGCCUGAGCCUGAUUGGUAAGGUAAGGUAGCAUCGGAUUGAUGAGGUACUACGGAAAUUAAACCAUUACGAGCGAUUGAGCGAGAAACGUCCAUUGCUAAGAUAGAUAACAUCGAUGAAAAAAUGCUCCCCAAAAAGAGGUCACUACCUCUUGGGACCUGAUCACACCGGGUUCUAUCUCUACCUGAACGAGUUUAGGUGAUACAA